GUUGAACCAUUAAACAAAUUCACUGUCCCGUAGGAUUUACAGGGAUUUUGAUCAGGUUGGAUUUCAGGUGUCGACUCCACAGUGGCAGUUAUGUUGAAUGAAGCCCUGUCGUAUUUUCUCUAUUUAUACGGUUUGUUGUAUCAGGCCGCUGCUCCCUGCUCAGCCCCCGAGCUGCUGCCGGCCAACGCUGUCAACCGUGAGCAGUAUCUUGGGAAAUGGUUCUUUAUAGCAGCAGUCAGUCGAAAAGAAGCUGACAUCCAGAAGUUCAAAGCACUGGACAACAUUUUGUUCACCAUGGAGGAGCCGGCCAAUGACACACUGCUGCUGAGCGGACGUAUGCGCAUGGGGGACAACUGCAUCAAUCAGACCUGGACCUAUCAUCUGCAUCCUGAUCGGGUCGAUUUGAAACUGGAGGGAAGGCCGCAGCGGAGGAGCCUGCUCUGGAGCGGCAAGUGGGCCAACUGUGCCGACUGCAUCAUUUUCCAGGAAUCAGAGCCACCGCUACAGGAAACAGACACAGAGGACUCCCUCUGCAGAUUCAUGCUUUAUGCUCGGCAAAAUUAUGUGGAGCCUGAAGUGGUGAAGACAUUUCUGAAAAAUUCAGCUUGUCAUGACCAGUUGGCGAAUGUCAUACUACCUCAAACAAAAGAGUUUUGCACCUAAAUAUUAACACUGAGGGACGAAUCAUCAUGUUAAUGAUCCUUCAUACCUUACAUGCCUUCCUCGGGAAUCACAGAAAUUACAACCCAGUCUCUUUAAUCUCUCACAGGAUGUUGCUAUGGCCUCGGACAACCAGGAUAUUAAUACGUUUAUUUCUUGUUAAAUAAAUGCAAUAAAUAAAGUAAAAAUACAGAAUACAGACAUUCUUCCCCCUCUA